CUUCCGAGAAACAUCCACUCACAAAUCACAAGAAUAAUAUCCAUUUGUUUAUGUUUUCUUAAUGGAAUGAAAUCAGGGAUUUGGUCUUUGAUUUUCAUGGCUGGUGGCUUGUCCUUUAGUGAGGAAAAUCACAAGGAAAUAAGUGAUGAUUCUUGGGAAAUAAUGGGGGACAAAGGGGUUGGUUUUAUUGGCCUUAUAUUGGGUCAUUCAUGGAAGGUAUGUGGGGACUGAUUUGGUGGGUGGAGUGUCAAUAAACUCACAAAAGUCUUUUGUCCUUUUGUUAUUGUUUAUUCAGCCUAGGUGGGAGACACAAGGAGGACAAUGGUUGGUCAAUGUUGGGGAAUAAAAGAGGGGUUGUUUUUGGUCAUUAAAAGGGGACAGGGCUGGGUAUUAUUUAUGGGUAUUUUGGAGUUAUGGCUUUGGGUUACUGUGAGGGAAAACAUGGGCAGGAAGUAGGGGCUGGAGGUGGGUCAUGGUUUUGGCUCUUUGUGGGUGUUGUGUUGGGAUUGCGGGUUGCAGAGGAGCUCAAUGUUGAGCUUGGGGAGGAAGUUGGCUAUGCCAUCCGAUUUGAAGAUAGGACCUCUGAGAAGACUUUUAUCAAAUAUCUUACAGAUGGUGUCCUUUUACGUGAAAGCCUAACAAAUCCUGAGCUAAAUCAAUAUUCAGUCAUUAUUCUGGAUGAAGCUCAUGAAAGAAGUUUGAAUACGGACAUACUCCUGGGAUUGAUGAGAAGAUUGAUUAAAUUGCGUAGCUCUAACUUGAGAGUGUUGGUCACAUCAGCUACUUUGGAUGGCAAGAAAGUAUCCAAUUUUUUUGAUGACUGUCCAGUGCUUAAUGUUCCUGGACAACUAUUUCCAGUUCAAAUAGUACACAGUUCAGAGAAACCCAAGAACUAUGUGGAGGCUUGUCUUAAAACUGCCAUUGAUAUACAUUUAAAAGAACCAGAAGGUGAUGUCUUAAUAUUUAUGACUGGACAGGAUGACAUUAGCAAGUUGGUGUCUAAGUUGGAGGAUAAAAUUCGAAGCCUUGAAGAAGGUUCUUGUAUGGAUGCUAUAGUGCUUCCCCUACAUGGAUCCUUGACACCUGAAUUGCAGGUUCGAGUUUUCAACCGUCCACCUCCGAACUGCAGGCGGUUUAUUGUUGCUACAAAUAUUGCUGAAACUUCUUUGACCGUUGAUGGUGUUGUUUAACUAUUCUCACAGCUACGUAAUUGACUCUGGGUAUGUGAAGCAACGACAGUACAACCCAUCAAGUGGCAUGUAUUCUCUAGAUGUUGUUCAAAUUAGCAAAGUUCAAGCCAAUCAACGUGCAGGUCGAGCUGGCAGAACACGACCUGGAAGGUGCUACCGUCUAUAUUCUUCUAUUAUUUACCAGGAUGAUUUUUUGGAUGCUACAGUACCUGAAAUACAGAGGUCUUCUCUUGCGGGAGCUGUUCUGUAUUUGAAGUCUUUAGAUCUCCCUGAUAUGGACAUUCUAAAUUUUGAUUUCCUUGACCCUCCAUCAGGUACUUGGGUAGUUUUGUUUACCUUUGGUUAAUGUUGAAAUUUUGCAGUUGGACUUAACUUGAUACUUUGUACUUAAUAAAUCACUUGUUCUUUAGGCUUUAUUUUUAAUGCGGGUGAUGUUCUGUGUUUGUAUGAUUUGUGUUAUAAAGACAAAAAAGUUAAGAGUGAAACCAAGCACAAUAUUAUUAAUCAAGCCAACUAAACUCAGUACAUGGAACAGCUACCAAAACUACCACCUCUGCCACAACUUGUGAAACAUACGUAUUAACUUGAAACAUAAUUUUCUUUGCAAAGUUAAGCAUUCAAGCUGUUGAAGUUCAAGCCAAGUUACACUUGAAGUGAAUUUCUACUUUUGAGUUCAAAGUGUCCUACAAUUCGAGUGGAGUUGAAGUUCAUUUCAGUUUAAAAUUUUAAAUUCAAGCUCAAUGUCAAGGUUAAAGGACAAACUAAAUGUUGAAGUCAUGUGACAUUUUUUCAUCCUUGUAAUGCAUAGCAAGCUUGAAGCAUUUCUAUAUGCUUCAGCUUGAUGGGAGUGUUGAUGUGUAAGGAACAGUAAGGUGUUGUAAAAAAACAGCAGUAAAUUAGCUAUUUUAUAACUGAAAGCAGUGGUGCAUUCAUGUUGUACACCAUACACAACACAUU